UACAAAUAAAAUUGACCUGAAUUGCAUUGAAUUCAUGUUGGUUUAUCUUUUUUUUUUUUUUUUUUUAACAACAAAUGCAGUCUACAGAGGUGAAACUGAAGGCUAAAACCAAGUGUAGAUGUUCAGAGCUAUUUAAUAUUGAUUAAACAAUCAAUCUAACAAGAAACACCUGGCAGUCACAUGUUCCAGUAUUUUUGCUCCCCUACAGAUUGGGAGGUCUGAUACAAAAUGUGUUAUAGACCUGUUUGAGGAAAAACUUUAAAAGCCCAAUAUAUGCGCCUUUAUGGGCAAAAUCUAAACACAAAAGACGAAGAAUACCACACCAGCGACGAAGAAUAGUCAGUACCCUUUCUGAGAGUGUACGAUUACAUGUUUCAUUUAGUUUUUCCGGAAGCCAUUGUAUUCCUUUCAAUCACUACGGAGAACAGCAAACAGUAGUGGUUCUAAAGGAAGGGGUGUGGCAUCAAACAGGAGCGUUUAGACGAGGUGUAAAUGGCGCGUACACUUUUCAGAAGCCUGUUUAGUCUUGCAUCGCACUCAAACACAAGGCUCGUUUCUUUUCAGAGCAUUUCAGCUACAGUCUCGACAGGGAUUGAUCCGAGCUCAUGCCAUGAAGAACGACGUUUCUUUUUGGUCCGGCGUCUCAGACGUCCUCGCGUCUUUGCUGUCCUUGCUUCUUUUCUUCUGGAACGUGGCAGCGAACGUGUGGACAGUGAUAUCUUUUUAUCAGGACCAGAAAUACAUCUCCAUGGGGGUGUUUAUAUUCCUAAUCCUCAGUUCCUCAGUGCUACUGCAGAUCUUUAGCUGGCUCUGGUACUCCGGUUCCUCUAAAAAACUGGACACCAAAGUAGAGAGGUUUAUGAAAAGACAUGGAUUACUCGCUCUGGUGCACAUCCUGCAGCUUGGAGUCUUCCUCAGGUGUUUAGGUAUGUUGGAACUUUCAAUCAGCAGCUUUGAACGGAAGGACACUUCCCAAAACUGGGUCACUGAGAGGCUAAAUUCAGAUCUCAGCACUCUCGGUCUGUUCCAGGCGUUCUCUGAAAGUGCUCCACAGAUCGUACUAAUAGUGACCAACAUCAUCCAGAUGCAGGACUUUCAGUUCUUUACAGUCGUUAAAAUUGUCGGGUCUCUUUCCUCCCUCUCCUUCACCAUGUUGUCCUACCAUCGCAACAUGUGUGCAUUCGCCCCUGAGAAGCAAAAGAUGGGAUGGUCUUCCUCUGUAAUCUACUUCCUGUGGAACCUGUUCCUGAUUGGCCCACGUGUGGUGUGUGUGUCCCUCUUCGCCUCCGUCCUGCCCUGCUACAUCGCCGCACACUUCCUGUCCCUGUGGACGCUGCUGGUCCUCUGGGCCUGGUGGCAGAAGACAGACUUCAUGGACACUAAAGCUGGAGAAUGGCUGUACCGGGCCACCGUAGCCCUCAUCUGGUACUUCAGCUGGUUUAAUGUAGCGAGUAGAAGUAUGAAACUCAGAGGAAUCAUCUACCACAUGGUUAUAGGGGUGGACACGAUGCUCCUGUUAGGAUUAUGGUGGUGGAGGAGAUCUGUGGAAUCAGCUCGUCUUGGUCCACUACCUAUUAAUCCCUACCUACUUAUUGUCAUGUUAAUCAUCAUCUACAUUAUAGGAGUCCUACUGAAACUGGUUUAUUACUGGAAAUUUCAUUCUAAACAACCAGACUUACAGAUGGAUGAGAAAGAUGAGAAGUCAGAGAUGAAUCCACAGGCGCCACGUAAUGAUACGGUGGACGUCGGAGAGAAGCCUGAAGACUCUGACUUGGUCCUCACAGCUUCAGCCCUACCUCAAAGAAUCACAAGCGGCGUCCACAAGAGGACGAGGAACAUGGUGGUGAACUUCUACUGCGAGUGAAAAUGACUGAGCAAUAAACUAUUAUUGCAGACGAAACCUCGUAACAAGCUGGGAUAAGCAAAGAAAAUAAUUUCACUGUACUGCAAAGUAUAUAUUACAGAUAAAGGCUUUCUGUUUUUCUUUCAAAUGCGAUUAGCAAACCAUCUGCUAAUAUAAACAAUUAGAUGUAGUUCAUGGGUGGCUGCCUCACAGCUCCAGGAUCCCCACUUCGAUCCUGAGCUUGGGUUACACUCCGUGUGCAGUGCCACGUUCGCUUUGCAUCCAGGAGACUUUCCACAGUGUUCUCUUGUUUCAUCUCGUUUCCCAAAAAAUGCUUGUGAGGUUGACUGGCUAUGCAAAUUUGCCUCUAGGUGCGAAUGAGAAUUUGAAUGUGUCUGUACAUGGUGCCCUGUGAUGGACUGGUGUAUUCCUGCCUAAUUCCCAGCGUUCCCAGGAUAAGCUCCAGAGCCACCAUGGCCCUGACUGGAAUAAAACAGUUAGUGAAGAUGAAUAUAGUUUUUCGUUUGUUUCGUGGCUGUGGGGAUUUGUGAUCAUUCAGCUACAAGAGCGUAAGUGAGGAUGAGGACAGGUGCUGAUGUUGGGAUGUCGAGGAGGCUCCAGUUCCAGUUCAUCCCGAAGGUGUUCAGUGGGGUUGAGGUCAGGGCUCUGUUCAGGACACUCGAGCGCAUUAAUAUAGACCUGUGAUCUGGAUUAUUAUCCGAACUGCUGUUAUAGCUAACUAAUCAACACUUGUUGACCAAUCAGAUUUGAGAAUUCAGCAACGCUGUGGUAUAUUACACGGAAUUUUAAUAUAUUGUAACCAUGGUGAAUAUGUUGAAUGAUGUACGCUUUGUCCGUUAUAUUUAACGUCCUGUGUGUAAGAAUAACGGAAACGAUUGAAUUCUUAAAACCUUUUCCAAUCUUGUUGAUUUUUUUAUGAUGUUGUUUGUUUACUACUAAAUCCAUUUUUUUUUUUAAAUUAUACGAUUUAUGUGAAUUUUGAUUAUUUAAAAAAUAAAAUGUCCACCCUGUUUAAUUUAUUAAAAUCCCUUUAUACACCAUUUCUAGUUCAAUGUGCUCUUUUGUCUCAGAAUUUCCGCUUCACCUGCCAGUCCUAAGUUCCUGCUGACGUUAUCUUCCGCUAUUCCCUGCAGGAAGCACGUGGAGGAAGACUAGACUCCGCGAGGUCCGUAAACAAUAGACAGAAAGCAGAAGUGAGGAAAUAUCUUUAGUGAAGGUCAGCUGUAGUCAGAUUGGCGCAUAUCCGUGACUGUUUAGAAAAAAAUAUAUACACACGGAAGCUUCUUAAGCUUCUGUAAUCGACAUGGUUUGAGCGAAUCCAGGUUCCAAGAAGAGCGUCGAGCGUUGCGUCACACGCUUGCAGCAGGUCAACACACACAUGAUCCCUUAAGUGUCUCGUGUCAUAAAUGUGCUCGCUCAUUCCGGUCAACUCUGACCGCAGAGAACGAGCCUCACAGCAAGCGUUUCAGUGUACAGUCAUCGCUGACGUUCUGUGCACAUGAGAAAUAAACUUGAAUAAGUUUCACGUUUAAGUAUGAGAACGUCAAGGCCGGGUCUUUUGUUUUUGCUGUAGGUUUGAGAUGAAUAUAAAGAUGGAAUUUUACAUCUAGAUGUGUUAAACAGCUUAGAAAAUGGUACCUUUGGUGACCGAUCAUCCCAUUUUUAGGUGAGCAAAAGUAAUGGAACAGAGAGUGUCAAAGUA